UCCGAGGCUCAGAUCGCUGAAGCAGUCUGGUUCUGGAGGAGAGUAAUAUGGUACCUUAACGACUAAUUCAUUCAGCGGCCUUUUUUCUUUUUUAAAAUCUUCGUUUCUGUUUAGUCACCGAUUGAAAACUCGAUCAGAAGCAGCGCACGAACAGGAAGCUGGUCUUAAUAAAAGACGGGAUUUAUUUAGAAACAGAAGCAGCCGAUCGGUAAGCCCCCCGCAGCCAUGGAGAUCGUCACGCAUUUAAUCAACGACACCAUAGAGUUCUACAAAUGGACCCUGACUAUUGCAGACAAGCGAGUGGAGAAAUGGCCUCUGAUGGACAACCCCCUUCCCACGCUGGCCAUCAGCACCUCCUACCUGCUCUUCCUCUGGCUGGGGCCCAAAUACAUGAAGAACAGAGAGGCCUUCCAGCUCCGCAGGACCCUCGUCGUCUACAACUUCGGCAUGGUUUUCCUCAACUUCUUCAUCUUUAAAGAGCUGUUCAUGGCAGCGCGAGCAGCAAGAUACAGCUACAUUUGUCAGUCUGUGGACUAUUCAGAUGACCCCAAUGAAGUCAGGAUGGCAGGAGCACUGUGGUGGUAUUUCGUCUCUAAGGGCAUUGAGUAUCUGGACACGGUGUUUUUCAUCCUGAGGAAAAAAUUCAACCAGGUGACCUUCCUGCACGUCUACCACCACUGCAGCAUGUUCACGCUCUGGUGGAUCGGCAUCAAAUGGGUGGCAGGAGGACAGUCCUUCUUUGGUGCACACAUGAACGCACUGAUCCACGUCUUGAUGUAUUUGUAUUACGGCUUGGCCUCCUGCGGACCUAAAAUCCAAAAAUACCUGUGGUGGAAGAAGUACCUGACCAUCAUCCAGAUGAUUCAGUUCCACAUCACCAUCGGCCACACCGCCCUCUCCCUCUACGUCAACUGCGACUUCCCCCACUGGAUGCACUACUCCCUCAUCUGCUAUGCCAUCACCUUCAUCGUCUUGUUCGGCAACUUCUACUACCAGACUUAUCGUCGCCAGCAGCCUGCGCGGCGCGAUGCCUCCUCUUCCUCCAAGGCGGCGAAGGCCCUGUCCAACGGCAACCUGAACGGCUUCAACAAAGCUGCGAACGGAGCGACGCUGAUGGGGAGCAAAGAGGAGAAGCCCCAGGAGAACUCUGGGAGGAGAAAGAGGAAAGGACGUGCCAAAAGAGAUUAGAGGAAGAGGAUGGGGGUGGGGGGAGGAGACAGGUGAGGUGGUGACCUUACUUUGGCUUCUAAGUUGCUAAAACACGACAGACUUCAUUUGAGGACGAAUUAACUGCAUGGGUGUGUUCGAGUAAGGUUGAUUUCUUUGAGCCAUGAUCUGAGUUGUUGUAGAUAAAGUACUAGACUGAUCUUUAUUGAGAGGAAGUUGAUUUGUUAGCAGUAAGAUGACCAUUCUCACCAAUUAUCCACGACAAAGUAGUAGAAUUUGGAAUAGAUUGUAGUAUUCCUGCUCCUUAUUGAGAUGCCAAGCGUCUGGUACCAACACAAGAUGGGGGGAUAUGUAGCGACAAAACCCCGAGGCUGAACAUGAAACAGACCGGCUUGUUUACUGCUGUAACCAACAAGCAAUGCUGGAUGGAGACAGGAAUACUGAAUUUACACAAACGUGAUGUUCUCCUUGAUGUAAAAAUGAAAAUAAUGAACGCUAUAAUUUCAUUUCAGCCAAGCUUGUUUAACUUUAAGUCUACAGGCUCUUUUACUGGCUUUUCUGUGUUUGAUUGUACAGUAUUUUAUUUGCUUUAGAACAAAAACCUCUCACUACUGAGCCACCAUGCGAUAUCACACAGUUGUAGUCUAAAUAUGGACAAUAAUAAACCAAUAUCAAGAGAUAAUACAUAAAAAAAAUUAUGAUUUUGUUCCAUCGACAUUAUAAGAUGGAAUAUUGAUCAGCUGCAGCUCAAAUGGGGUCAGUAUGCUUAUCGUUUUGUUUGUAUAUAACUCAUUUUGUAUAUCCAUACCUGUUUGUCAUGUGAUGAAGUGUAACAAAUAUCCAGAGAAAUGAUGGAUCUGAUGGUAUUUUGUGUUUUGUCCCUCUGACAGAAGAGAUUUGUUGUUGCAGGUGUUUACUUGUCUUUUCUAGCAUAUCCUCAAUGAACUUGUCUGUCUCAGAUGCUGGAGAAAACAGAUGUUUUUGGGUUUCAGAUUUCCUUUUUUUCUUUGUCUUUAUAAAAAAACAGCAACUGCAGAGCCAGCAGCGUAUAUCCACUUAUUGUUAACAUCAUUUAGCACUGUUUUCUUAAAGAACACACCUUUACGUUUUCAAAGAAAUGUCUUUCUGCAGCUUUUAUGCCCUGAACUGACUUGAAUGUGAUUUUAUCUGAUUUAGAGGGGAAAUGGAAAGGGCACUCGAUUCAAAAAGAUACACAUGAGGUGACAGUGUAUCUUAUGCUACUGUAAAGGAUCUGGUUGUUGUGCCUGUAACAUACAAGUUAGAGAUUAUCAUUCAGCUACGAAUCAGCAAAUCCUGCUUUGUGACAGCAACCAACCGAUGUAUUUUAUUGUUAUUUAUUGAUUAUUAUUAAUUAUUGUUAUGUAAGUACAAAUUUUCAUCUAGCUGAAAGUGCUUCUCUUUGUAUUUGUUUUAUUUUUGUGAUGUACAUAAUUCAUUGUGAUAUUUUGUACUCCGCACAUGUUAGUGUUGUAUGUCCACCACAUUUCUGCAUUUUAUUUUAUUUGUUUUUUUGUAUCAUGUCUUUAAACUUUCCUCCGAAUAAAACAAUCUGAAUGCCUGGACAACUUC